ACUUCAUCCACCACCUCCAUCAAGCUCGCCAUCCCCAUCGGUAUGGACCACCUCCACCAGAAGCCGCCAUGAGGCUAUUCUUUGCUCCAACAUCCAGACAUGAUGAUCAAGUGACGCAUUUCCCAUCCACUUCACAACGAAGUUUCAAACAACAUCAAACACAAUGGCCCCUCCAGCGAUGAACUUCCAGGAACCCGCUCCAGCUGUUGACAGCUAUCCUGCCAAGCUUGCCAACCUCCCACACGGCGCUGCGAUCCCCGCCAAUGGCAAGGCCACUGAUGCCGCUACCAUUGAAGACAUGGCUGGCAAAUGGUCCACAUUCAAGUUUGCGCACAUUCGCGAAUCUCAGGUCUCCCGUGCCAUGACUCGUCGCUACUUCUCCGAUCUGGACAACUAUGCGGAGUCAGACAUUGUCAUUGUUGGUGCCGGCUCUUGCGGCCUCUCUGCCGCAUACUGCCUCGCCAAGGCACGUCCAGAUCUCAAGAUCGCCAUUGUCGAAGCCGGAGUUGCUCCAGGAGGAGGCGCUUGGCUGGGAGGCCAGCUCUUCAGCGCAAUGAUCAUGCGUAAGCCAGCUGAUGCCUUCCUCCGCGAGGUCGGCGUUCCUUUCGAGGAGGAGGGGAACUAUGUAGUGGUCAAGCAUGCUGCACUCUUCACAAGCACAGUGUUAAGCAAGGUGCUGCAGUUUGACAAUGUCAAGCUGUUCAACGCCACCACUGUGGAGGAUUUGAUCACCAGACAGGGACAAGAUGGACAGUUGCACAUUGCCGGUGUGGUGACCAACUGGACUUUGGUGAGCAUGCAUCACGACGAUCAGUCGUGCAUGGACCCCAACACCAUCAACGCUCCUGUCAUCAUCUCGACCACGGGACACGAUGGACCUUUCGGCGCCUUCUCUGCCAAGAGAUUGGUCAGCAUGAAGCACGAUGGUCUUCCCGCGCUCGGUGGUAUGCGCGGCUUGGACAUGAAUACUGCCGAGGAUGCCAUUGUCAAGGGCACUCGCGAGAUUGUGCCCGGUCUCAUCAUCGGUGGCAUGGAGCUCAGCGAGGUUGAUGGCGCGAACCGCAUGGGACCAACCUUUGGUGCAAUGGCCCUGUCUGGUGUCAAGGCCGCAGAGGAGGCACUCAAGGUAUUCGAUAUGCGUCGUGCUGAGCGCGCCGAAGAGGCGGUCAAGGUCAAUGGCAAGUAAUCAGCAACGAGUCGAAAUGUUGCCUUUGUGACAAACGAUGCCCACAUCAGAAUGGAAGCAACGGGGCAUCAUCUUACGACCUUACGCUCUUUUUAGCUGUACACGAAUAAAAAUUGUAACCCUAAA